AUGCCCGCAUCUCUUACCCAGAAACUUCAUAAUGGUGAACAUAAAGUCCCAAAACGUUGUCCAGAAGAAAAUUUAGCACAUCCUUUGUCGUUUUACUCGAGAACGAUUUUGUAUCUAAAAUGUUUUUAUUUCAGACAAACUAAAAUACUAUCAGUUGAUAUCUAUAAGAUCUUGGCCUUUAACGAAAUGGUUUUGUGCGCAAUUUGUUCAAUUGAAACUUACAAGUACAAAUGUCCGAGGUGUAUUGCACCAUAUUGCUCACUUGCCUGUUACCAAAAACAUAAACAAAAUGAGUGCAAACCGGAAACCUGUGUACCAAGGGUUGUGCAUGCUACUGUCGAACGAGAGGAUGAGAUGGUCGACUAUGUUCCGAAGAAAAUUUUAGAAGGCUUAAAAUACUCGGAUAAAAUUCGAGAUCUACUGAAGAACCAUCAUCUCCGGAGUCUGCUUCGAUUUUUGAAUGAUACAAAUAAACCGUACUCUGCAUUGGAAAAUGUUAUGCGUGAACCUAUUUUCGUCGAAUUUUCAGAUGAAUGCCUUAAGAUUGUAGACUCAAACUUAUAG